AUGACUACUACCUCCGGACCAUACUCACCCACCAACUAUGGUCCACUGACAACCACCUUUACCCCUUCGCCCGGCUGUUUCACAGACAGGUGGAUCUCCCACGUUGCUUCGUCGCCAACUCUGGUGUGGGGACAAGAUUGCUGGUCAGGCAGUUUCUCAUACUCCGACCCCUUCCCAGCCGAGUCAUGUUGGCCGGAAGGUCUUUUGAAAGCCGAAACAUACAUUCUUGCACAUAGUAGGAACAUUCCCAACGUCAACCACGUCUUUUCACCUGGCACCAUUUGCCCUUCAGGAUGGACGGCGGCAUACACGUCUACCUACGGAUUAGGCAAAGGCACCUAUAAUCCCGGUAUCGCUUCUGUCACUAUGCAAUCGGAUGAUCUAAUGACAGCAUGUUGCCCCUCCGGAUACAAUCUAGGUCCCAGAUCAUGUUUUAAGUGGGUACAAACUCGUGGGGAGCUUCAAAGUUUGGGCGUGAAUUCAGACGGCGAAUGCACUACAGGGACUGUGGAAGCAUUCAGUGGAACUAUAGGGACCCACACAAACGUUGUCGCAACGCUUCAGGCGAGCCCUAUUUUUUUGAUCACCAACACGGCAUCGGCAUCGGCAUCAGUAUCGACGAGUAGCACAGCCGAUUCGCCGACAGCUGGCGGAAACACAACUGGCUUGUCAACUGGGGCCAAGAUUGCGAUUGGAAUAUGUGUCCCUGCCGGUGUCUUGCUCGUUAGCACAGCCUUGUUCAUAUUUUGGCACAGACGCAGAAAGUCGAAGGCAUCUGAUAAACCGGUCUCUGAGGCGCCUGCCUUUGGAGAUCCUGCCAGCGAGAAUGCUGUAUCUGAGAUGCCAGCUUCUGGUCCACAAGCAGCAGAGCUUUUAGCAAGUGAUCCGAAAUAUGGAACAUCAGAGUUGACAGGGUCACCGAGAGCGCCAAAGGAGAUGUCGGGUGAUGGUGUGUUCGAACUCCCCGGGGGGACUGAAAUAUCUAAGAAGGAGGAUGUGGACAUGCACGGGAAUGAUCCAUCGAAAGACUAG